UUUUUUUCUUUGGUAAUAAAACGUGAAUUAGAGUAUUUUUUUUUUCUUUUCGAUUAUUUAUUUAUAAAAUAGAGAAAAUGCAAAUAUGGAUUGUGUUUUUAAUUUCACUUGUAAGCAUACAUAAGUGUCAAGCUAUGCAAUUAAGAAAACAUGAUCAAAGAAUAGAUGAACCAUUCAAAGAAGAAGUUGUCUUGAAUACUAAAACAUCACAUAAUAUUACUUCAACAACAAAAGGAUGUGGUAGUGGGACAAUGACUUGUUUUGCAUUUGCUUCAGAUCAUACAGAUUUACCUGUACGUUGUGGUACUUUGACUGAUGUACCCUUAUGUCCAUCCAAUGAUGAAAAAGAAGAAUGUAACGUAUUUUGUGAUGCGGAUGGUGGUGCUAGAUUAUGUAGUAUUGCAUUUAAUGACUGUUGUCAACAUAGUAAAAAUGGUUGUAUUUCCUCACAACCCACAGAUAUUCAUUUGUUGGACAAAAAUCCAAAAUAGGCAAUGGUUUCAACCCCGCUUCAAUUGAUAUGGGUCAUGCACACAAUAUUUUCUUUUUCCCUCCUUUUAUAUAUAUAUUUCCCCUUUCUCUUUUUUAAUAAAGC